GCUGCUGGUCGGGAGCAGACAAAACCUGUUCCGUUCGUCUAGGAUUAGGCAUAUUAUACCCGUGGUUAUUGACAACAAUUGACAUGUGGAUACUAUUGACACGAUAAUAACAUCAUCGUUGACAACCUGCUUAAACAUGUACCACUCAGACCACAGAGUCAAUUUCCCUGACCUCUCCUUCAGCAUUCCAGGCCCUGGAACUUUGGGUUUAGCAUCUAACCACUGAACCAACUCCCUGUCCGAUACCCCUCCACAUAUCAUAUACCCCCUACCCCAGCACCCACACAGCCUUUCCCCCUGCCCCCUGUCUGAACCCCUAUACCCGGGUACACCCAGGGACCAUGGACAACCCCCCCAAGCUGUCUGGAGAGACCCUGAUCGUUCACCACAUCCCCCUGGUACACUGUCAGGUGACUGGUGGGCGGCAGGGCUGUGGUGGAGGAGGGGGGUCCCUGAAGAGAUCAAACCCUUUCAGCUACCCAGAAACCCUGGGCUUGAGCCGCACCACCUCCCUUCCUGAGCAGGAUGUACUCCAGAGGGAAGCCCUGGUAUACAGCAGCCUCAUCCAGACCUCCACAGGAGGAGGAGGAGAGGGAGAGGGAGGAGGAGGAGGAGGAGGGAGAGGAGGCAGCACGGGGAGCGAUGAUUCGUCGGUGACAUCCAGUAACUGCGAGGACCAGGUGAUGGUGAUGGUGGCCCACACUAUGCCCAGGGUGAAGCCAAGAGAACAGGUCAACAACCCACUCCGGCUCCGUCACAACCCUUUUCUGCUCAACACGGAGGAGGAUGAUGAUGAUGAGGAGGAGGAAGAGGAGGAAGAUGAUGGUGAUAACCUGAACGGUUACUUGGAAGACUCCUCCUUUCAUCUCCAUGGCGAUACAAACUCCGCCCUGGACGAGGAGGGAGACGGGAUUGCACCCUUUCACCUCCACGACCUGGGGUCCACCACACACAAGCCCUUCCUGUUGCACAGCACCCUGGGUAAGCACUCUUGGGGCUGCUCAGGGAGGCUGGACUCCCUUAGGGGUGUGUCCUCUGAUCUCUCCACCCACCUGGAGGGCCUGGACCUGCUGGGAUUGGACAGUCCACGUCGCCACGGCAGCAGUGGCUCCACCCUCUCCAUGGACUGCGGAGAGCAGGAGUGGGGUGAGGAUGAGGAGGAGGAAGAGGAUCACCCAAUGAGGGGUGGGGGACGGGGCAGUAGCCAAGCUGACUCCUCCUCUUGCUCUGGCGCCGCCCACCAGCGCUGCUCCUGCUGCGGCCUCUCCCAGACAUAUCUUGAACAUUUCCCGGAACCGUUUUCAGAGUCGUCGGAACGCCAGCUGGGCUACGCCAGCGACUCUUCCUGUAACAGCUCAGAUGGCGUGCUGGUUAACUUCAGCGCCAUCUAUAAUAACAUGAACAACAGCAUCCCGGCAACCUCUACCAAGCCGCCACCUCUGGCCACCACGACCACCAACCUCAAUAGCUCCACCGACCAAUCUUGCACUUCCUCUGUCUGCAUAUGCUCAGUGCUGGAUGAGGAGACAGGGAGUCGAAGAGGCUCCGGAGGUGGGGGGGCUUUCUACCUAGACCUCCACACCUCCCCCACCGAACCCCCCCACCUCCACUCUCAACAACCCCCCUGCCCCUCCAGCAACACCCUGCCGUUACUCAUCGAAUCCCACUCUCACCCUCACCCCACCACCUCCUCCUGCACCUGCUCAGCUGAACACCAGGGGGCUCUAGACCUGGACUCCAACUGUAACUCCUAUCACCCCCCCCACUCCGACUCAGGAAGUGACCUCAUGUCCUGUCUGCGGAGCCAGGCGCGUCUGGUGGUAACCACCCAGAACUACUAUAAGCUGGUGACCUGUGACCUUAAUUCUCCGUCGCCCCCGAGCCCUGCGGGAAGCUCCGCAUCGGUUGCCAGCUGCUCUGACGAGCACAGCAAGGAUAGCCCUGCCCCUGACACGCCCACCGCCACCCAGCCAACCGAAUACUACCUGUUCAGGCGGCCACCGGGAGGAGAGGAGGAGGAGGAGGAAGAGGAGGAGGAGGAAGAGGAGGAGGGAGGAGAGUCAUCACAGCGUGAUGAAGAUGAGGAAGAAAAUUAUGAAGACGAGCAGGACGGGAAGAAGAGGAAGCAGCAGCAGAUGGGUGGAGCCUGUUCAGACCCAAUCAUUGAGGGCCAGGUGUACGUCAACAUCUCCCCUCCUGUGGUUGGCCGAGGACCCAUCGGAGGAGGGCCCAGCCGCCCCCGUUCCCGUAGCUACGACCGGAACCUGGACAUGUCCCCGCCCCCUCGGCUCGGCUCAUUGGAGCGCAUGCUGAGCUGCCCUGUCCGUCUCAGUGAGGGCACCGCCCCCCUGGGCCCGUCCCCUCUGCCGCGGGUCACUUCCUUUGCAGAGAUUGCCAAGAGCAAGAGGAAAAAUGGAGGAAGCACGGGCUCUCCUUCUCUCAGGACGGGGGGAUGUUCAGAUCCCUUUUCCUCCACCCACUCGGCCCACUCCCACUCCUCGGCCGACUUCUCCCCCAUCCUGGAGGGCCUGAGUCAGGGUCCGAGCCACAGUUUGCCCUUCCAGCGCUGCUACAGCCAGGGCAGUGUGGACCGCCACUCACCUGGUGGUGGCGUCAGAGAGACGCGCUCCAAGGCCGAAGGUGGUCUCUCCAGCUCUUCAUCCAGCUCAGCAGUGGUGCGUUACACUAAAGACCAGCGUCCAACCACCCUCCCCAUUCAACCCUUCACCUUCCACCACCAGUUCUCCAAGCCGCCCCAGCCCCUGCUUCCCUUGCUGACAGGCUACGUCUCUGGGAUGCAGGCCCGGGGUGGAGGGCCUUCUGGAGGUCCGGAGGGGGGUGAAGGCGCCAACGACCCAGGGGAAGACUCGAUGCGUUGGUGCCAGGGUAGUGGUGGUGAUGGGAGGGUGUCAGCAGUGGCUACCCUCGGUCCUGGCUCGGUCCGGCCCUCGCCACUGGGUAGCUAUUCCCCGGUCCGCCUCCAGGGAGCGACAUCCAGCUCAGGGACCUGUUCUACUUGUACCCCCAGCCCCCAGCCAACCCGUAGCCUCUCCUGCCUCCUCUCCACCGGGCUCCUGCCCCUUCACCAUACCCCUUCACCAGCGGCAGCUGCCCCUCUGCCACCCACACCUCCGCCCCCAACAUUGGGGGUGAAGCGGGGUGCGGUGCCCCCCAUGUUGCCUCUGGUGCAGGGCCAGGUGCAGGGUCACCACCACCACCACCGUGGGACCCUGCCCACUUUACCGGCCGUUCCCCAGGACAGUGAGACUUCGCUGGGAUACGAGGAGACGACAUUAGACUCCCUGGAGGGGAGCAGAGGACCAGGGCCCAGGACACAACAUGGGCACCACCUCUCUCCACAGACUCUGAAAUGGAGGGAGUAUCGUCGACAGAACCCGUUAGGGGUGGAGAGGUGUUCCUUGGGGGGCUCUGCAGGGUCAGGCGAUCCGCCUCUAUCAGGCAGUCUGGACGGGAACGGUCGUAGGGGCGGGGCCGUUGGUCAGCGAAUCACACGACGGAACGUGUUUGACUUCCCUCCAGCCUCUAGUGGCCACACCCCCCUGGGACGACUCAAUGGCCAGUCUGUGAAGCAGCUGCAGCAGUACUACAGUGACUUCCUGCCAGACUACUUUUCCCUGACCGAGCGUCCUCCAGAAGAGUUCUGUCUCUCUCCGGAUGCCUCCUCUUCCUCGUCAUCCUCCUCUUCCUCACAGUCCCACAUCGCUGUGGACCUGCAGCAGAAGAGAGGUUUAGUCAAAGCCAUCAAUACAGCGGUAGAUUUAAUCGUAGCUCAUUUUGGCACCAGUCGGGACCCUGAUGUGAAGGCGAAGCUCGGUAACAGUUGGGUGAGUCCCAACGUGGGCCACUUGAUCCUGAAGUACCUGUGUCCGGCUCUAAGGGAGGUGCUGGGGGAUGGGCUGAAGGCCUACGUCCUGGACCUGAUCAUCGGACAGAGACGCAACCAGCCCUGGAGCCUGGUAGAGGCCUCCACACAACUAGGCCCAUCUACCCGUGUUCUCCACAGCCUGUUCUCCAAAGUGUCCCAGUACUCAGAGUUCACCAGCCACAGUAUGAGACUCAACGCAUUCAUCUUCGGACUGCUCAACUUGCGAUCUUUGGAGUUUUGGUUCAAUCACCUCUACACUCAUGAAGACAUCGUAGCGACCCACUACCACCCGUGGGGUUUCCUGCCGUUGUCCCAGGGGCCCUGCCAGCCUCUAUUCGAGGAGUUCCUUCUCCUCCUGCAGCCUCUAUCCCUGUUGCCCUUUGACCUUGACCUGCUCUUUGAGCCCCUUGUCCAGAAGGGCCAGGAACACCGUAGACGCAAGGAGCAGCUCUGCUCCGCCUCCACCGGCGAGGACCUGGACAAAUCAACACGCUCCACCUUCCAGCUCAUGAGGGGGUGGAGCACAGAGUCACGGAGGGCGGAGUCUAUGAGAGAUAAAAGGGAAGGGAGCGGGGCGGGGAAGAGAGAGAGGCUGGGUCUGAGACGAGAGGGAACAUGGCCUAGGAUGGAAGGGGUUGGAGAGAGAGGGAGUAGAGAAGGUAUGAUGCAGAGGACUGGGUCUAGGAGAGAAGGGGCGGGGAUGGAUCGUUUAGGAGCAGGACUUUUAGAAGCACAGCCAAUGACGACGGAAGUAGGGACAGGGUUUGCCAAUCUGUGGAGGGAGAGUGGGAGGGGGAGGGGCAUAGUAAAGAGAGCAAAUGGGGUGGGAGGAGAGAGCCAGAGGGAAGGGGAAAGUGAGGGAGGGAAGGAGGAGUGGAGGAAGGAUAGACAGAGGGAUUGGGCAGAGGAGGGUCGUCAGCGGCAGGAGCGUGAUCGCCAGGCGUGCUGGUGGUACCAGCUCAUGCAGAGUUCCCAGGUCUACAUCGACCAAUCAGCUCAGGGAGGCUCAAAGUUUGUCAAGACUGAGAAGAGGAAGAAGUCUGCGGAGAGGCGGAGCCAGCUCCCGCCCCCCAGGGAGGGCGUGGUGGAAGGGGCGGAGUCUAGCCAGGAUGAGGAGGGUCUCAGAGAGAGAGGGAGAAGCAGGAAGAGCAGCUCCAGCUCCAGUGGUGAGUGGACGGGGUCCAGGGGAAGAGGAAGACUCUCCUGGAUGGGGAGUCCCCCAGAGUCGUUGCUCACCCAGGACAAGGAGAACGAGACGGAACUGGGGGCCCCAGUGACAGGAGCACCAGAGGCCUCAGUGGCCCAUCCAGCGGCCCAGGCUGAGUGUCCCUCCCAGGGCCAGGGCAUGCGUUGGGGUAGGCUGUUUGGGUCCAGCAUAGGAGGUGGUGGCACCCCCUCCAGGCCAGAGCAGAGAUCAGCCAAAAGUCAGAGCAGGCUGCCGUCCGGCUGGCUGACAGGUCUGGACAUGUCCGUGCUGGACCUCGUAGCUCAGACGGUGGGGGUGGGGACAGGUAAGAGGGUGGAGCCUUCAGCUCCUAUGGCCCCUCCCACUCUGAACCAACCCUCUCCACCUCUUCAGACAGCACAGGAGAGCCACACCAAACAACCCUGUGAAGUACGAGCCCUGUGCCACCACAUAGCCACGGAGCCUGACCAGCUGAGUUUCCAGAAAGGGGACGUACUGAGGGUCCUGAGCCGAGCCGACUCCGACUGGCUCCUCUGCUCCCUGGGGGCCCAGCGGGGCCUGGUGCCUUUCAUCUAUGUUACCCUGAGGGGCAUGGAGGACAGCCAGGUGCCCCAAUGGCCUCAGGGACCACACUGACCUGACAGACUCAACUAGGGUUCCAAAAUUCUGUUUUUUCAGAAAUCACUGUUGGGAGAUUCCUGGAAUCAAGAGGUAAUAAGGAGGAAAUCUGUGAUUCCUCCAACCGGGAUUUCUGGUAAACCUAGGGAUUUUGGUAAAGUUAGUCUGAACCGAGGGGCCACCGAUUUUGCAACCCUAGCCCGAACCGAGGGGCCACAUUAAGGAAGGGAGAGUGGGGAAAGGAGGAAAGGACUCAAGAGGACCAAAUAUGGACACACAGUAUAUAUUCACUGGGUGGAUACAAGACGAUGGAUACUCAUGGAGGAUGCUGAUAUGACUGAUAUGACUGAUAUGACUGAUAUGACUGGUAUGACUGGUAUGACUGGUAUGCCUGGUAUGACUGGUAUGACUGGUAUGACUGAUAUGACUGGUAUGACUGAUAUGACUGAUAUGACUGGUAUGACUGAUAUGACUGAUAUGACUGAUAUGACUGGUAUGACUGAUAUGACUGAUAUGACUGGUAUGACUGAUAUGACUGGUAUGACUGAUAUGACUGAUAUGACUGGUAUGACUGGUAUGACUGGUAUGACUGAUAUGACUGGUAUGACUGGUAUGACUGGUAUGACUGGUAUGACUGAUAUGACUGGUAUGACUGAUAUGACUGAUAUGACUGGUAUGACUGGUAUGACUGAUAUGACUGAUAUGACUGGUAUGACUGGUAUGACUGAUAUGACUGGUAUGACUGGUAUGACUGAUAUGACUGGUAUGACUGAUAUGACUGAUAUGACUGAUAUGACUGGUAUGACUGAUAUGACUGAUAUGACUGGUAUGACUGGUAUGACUGGUAUGACUGAUAUGACUGAUAUGACUGGUAUGACUGAUAUAACUGAUAUGACUGAUAUGACUGGUUUAAAGUGUAAUUAUUGUACUGUGGGAUGAAACACAGACAGAUACACACACACAUGUAAACAUGCAUGUAUGUAAAUAUACAUAUACAUAUACAUAUACACACAGGCGCGAACAAACAGACUUCUCUACGCAUGCAUCUACACUAAACUCAUGCAUGCAUACAUUCAGAAUAUACUCACACACACACACACAUGCACGCACGCACACACACACACACACACACACAUACCAAAACAAACCAAAACAAACUGUAUGGGAAUACCAAACAGAGACACAUGGCUAGCUACAGAGACUGCCUCAGCUCAGCCAAUAUAUAUAUAUACCACACCUAGCUGUGCUUUACUUUACCAUGCCCCAGAAAUAUACUCUAUCAAUCACCUAGCUGUGCCACACUUUGAAUGCAGAUGCUAAUGCUAAAUGCUAGUGUAAAUGCUAGUGCUAGUCCUUGUCCUAGUGCUAAAUACAAGUGCUAGUGCUAAAGCUAGAGCUAAUGCUAGUGCUAAUGCUAAUAGAAAACUUCAGGAGACUGGUUAAAGGACUUCAUUAAAUGUAUCCACACUGACAUCAUGCUACUUGAUUUACUUAAUUAGCCCAGAGUACCCCUGCUUUGUAGUAGGAUGCUAGUAUGAAAAGUAGUGUUGUUACAAAACAGAAAAGAGAAAAAAAAGACAAUAUUGUUUGCGUGAUCUAUCUCUGGGUGUGUCUUCUGACAGCUGUCGUCGUUUCUCUGUGUGGGCUAAAUACAAAUGGACAGACAGAUAAACCGGUUUGAACUGGCUUCAUUAAUUCCUCGUCAUCUGCAAAUUACUGAUACUCAUCAUCUUGGUAACACAAUGAUUUUGGAUGGACUUAUAAACCUGACUGAUUGGACAAAGCCAACAACAUCCUCUGGUUCCUCCCUUCACUUCCUGUUUGUUUUCGUGGAUGGGAUGAACUGACCUAUCACUGCAGGUGUUGGGAAGGAAAAGGGUGGAGCCGGGCCUAGUGCAUGUAACCUAGCAACAAACUGACAAUGUUUUUGUGUCUUUUCAACUCUUCUUCACCUCUGUUAGAACCCCAAAACCCUAGCUCCUCCCACCUGCUCCACCCCUCUCUCCUUUAUCCAAUAAAACUGCACAGCUUUCAGGAGGAUACUGUACCUCUGGUACAGAGAAAACGAAGAUGUUCAAGAGGCUAUAAUAAGCUAUGAGCUGUAUGUGUCUAUAUAUAUAUCCAGACUGUAAAUGCAUAUACGACUUAUUUAUUUAUUGAUUAACGACUAAUGACGAUAUCAUUUAUUAUCGUUGAGGAAAACCGUGUAGUAGAGGUGGAUAAAGAAGGAAGGAUGUGGAAUGAAAGCAACACAUGGCUUUGGAGGUCUGUUCAGGUGCUUUGGUGAAUUUUUCUGAACGUGUUGGGGAGAAGGCUGUACAAACCAAUGAAGAGCCAGCUCCACCCCAACCUCCCUAUUCUAAAACGCUCUAAAAGUGGCUUUUCUAAAAAAAUAUAUAAUACAAGUACA